AGGGAAGAGACAAAGAGACAAUGCGGUGGACGUGGUCGUGAAGGAAGGUCGCAGUUUGUUGUGGAGAGAGAAAGCUGAGCAGAGGGGGAGAGAAAGUCUGUGGUCGGCCAAAGUUAUGGAAUGACGGAAGGGAUGAAGGGAGGAGAAGAAAGAGGAGGAGGAGGUGGCAAGCUCCGGGGUGCAAAAGCAAAUCAGAUGGACAGACGAAGAAAAAGGAGGAGUGUGGUGGAUUAAGGAGAGCCCAAAAGAAGAUCAAGAUGGGUGGAAGGUUUCAGUUUGACAGCGCACUUUGUUUUUAAAACCUCAGGUGGUUCAAUACGGACGGAGUGAGUGAAAGGAGUAAAAGUUGCAACUCGAAGCCGCAACAGAUAAAUUCAGGGAUUGAUGGAGAAGUAUAUGUGGAGGAGGUAGAUUCAGUAGGGAGGAGGUUUCAUUCCCCGCAGCUCCUCUCACUUUCUCAGGAUUUCCCUCCCUGGACACUGCUGCUUUCGCUGUUGUUGCUGCUCUAAGUGCAUUUUCUACUGGGCCACACUCUUCCAUAUCUGGACCUGGACUUGGACAAACAGUGAAGGGCUCUGUAUUCGGCAAGGAAACAACUUGAGCAUAACUAAGUCCGCCCUGAAAGGUUUGGUGGACCAAAGGAUUACUGACUGUCAAAAUGGGUCAUUUGGCUGAUUUGAAGCAUCAAAAGUCCAAUAAGUAAUUUUAUUUUUUUGAUUAUAUGAACAGUUUAGAUUUUAGAUGACUUGCUUUUCACUUGGCAUGAAAACCUGCUUUGUGUGUCUUGACAGAAGGAUGUUUCAGAUGAUCACUAAAUCUUUAUUAUUGUUAUAAUGAUUCAUAUUGUAGAUAUUAAGACAGACUAGAUAGCCAAGUUUUCCUCAGUUUGCAGAUAAACAGUAUCUUUUUUUUGUCUUUUUAGAGCUGAGGUUUCACUAAUGACUUGUGUGGUUGGCUCACAUAAUGUUUUGCAAUUUGAAGACAUGGAAAAUGAGAAGACCUGAGUAUUGUGAUGUUCUGUUCUCCGGUGUUCUGUAUUUUGUUAAGCUACGUGCCUUCACCUGGUGCCUCUCCCACCUAAUGGGAGGAAAAAUAUGAACAUGGGCAUCAAGGCUUUGCCAAAUUAUUUGCUUUACCCCGAUGACAUUUUGUAUUUAAAACCAAGAUGUGAUUUAUGAGCAUAAACUAUGAGGCGAGGAGUCAUAAUAGCUGUUUGGAUUAAGAGGAUGAGAUGUAACUUGUGUCUUGGCCAGUCUGAGCUCCUGAGUGUGUGUGCAGGAGGAAAGUUUGGAAAGUGACUCUAAACGUCUCCUUUAAUGCAUUGUAAUAAAUGGCUCGGGACACAACCCCCAUUUUCCCUCAUGGGUCCAGAGAAGACAGUUUUCCAUAUAUGUCGACUUCCACAUAUUUUCCACUUCAGCAUCAGUGUUGACAUUAACGCAGCCUUCAUCCAUCUCACUGGCCUGAUUCUCAUGCUUCACCCUGGGCCUGGAAACAAACCCAUGCAGUCACUCGCCAACCAGACUGAUUGCUGACACAUCUUGUUUCAUCCCCUGUUGAAAACAACGCUUGUUAUUGACUGGCCUGGCCCAGCACUGCUCAGGCCGGCCCAGGUUCCAUCGUCUCUUCCCGAGGCCAGGCAUUCUCGUGAAGACUUGGCCCAAAGUGGGCUUCCACCUGUUCUGCAGUCAUGGGGAUCCAGGGCAUGGAGCUGUUUGCCAUCGGAGUGGUCAUCAUCCUUUUCAUGGCAGUUCUCAAGCAGUUUGGCAUUUUGGAGCCCAUGUCCUCGUUUGAAGACAGCAGCGACAGUGAUUUGGAGCUGUCGACGGUGCGUCACCAGCCGGAAGGGCUGGACCAGCUACAGGCUCAGACCAAGUUCACCAGGAAGGAGCUUCAGUCUCUCUAUCGGGGCUUUAAGAAUGAGUGUCCCAGUGGGCUGGUUGAUGAGGAGACGUUCAAGUCAAUCUAUUCUCAGUUCUUUCCCCAAGGAGAUGCAACCACCUAUGCUCACUUCCUGUUCAACGCGUUUGACAUGGACAGGAAUGGUUCAAUCAACUUCGAGGACUUUGUCAUUGGCCUGUCCGUGUUGCUCAGAGGUUCAGUCACUGAGAAGCUCAACUGGGCUUUUAACCUCUAUGACAUUAACAAGGAUGGCUACAUCACCAAAGAGGAGAUGCUGGCAAUUAUGAAAUCGAUCUAUGACAUGAUGGGGAGAUACACCUAUCCCUGUGUGCGAGAUGAUGCACCCUCUGAACAUGUGGACAAGUUCUUCCAGAAAAUGGAUAAAAAUCGAGAUGGAGUUGUGACAAUUGAGGAGUUCAUUGAGACCUGUCAGAAGGACGAGAACAUCAUGAACUCCAUGCAGCUGUUUGAGAAUGUGAUAUGAGGAGUCCAGAUGCAGAUCCAAAACAAAUAGAUCCAGAUGUGUUAUUUCAUCUUCAGUAGCGACACACCGACAAUUCACACACAAAAUCACUACAAACACCUUAAACUCCGCUCUAUAACAUGACUUCCAAGCACAUAAUAUAAGAUUAUAUUAUUUCUUUUUUAUGCUGUGUCUUCUGUAGUGCUUCUGGAUUAAAGGAACUCUCACAGACUGAAGAAGUGCUUCCUAGGUGAAAUCCCCCUCCUCAGAGAGUGUUUUUUUUAUGUGUGCAACAAAUAUCAUCCUCAAAAGGGAUCAAAAUUGAGUGAAUACGAUAACCCACUGACCUGAGCACUCAAGGACAGAAGCUUUACACUAAUACACCAUGUUUCUGUCUCUGGCACACACAAAGACACAGAAAAAAAAAUUCAAAAAGAGUAAUGAAUUUAAGCAUGUUUGUCCUCAAAUAUGUGAUGUGGAUUUAGCUUGCACUACAUUUUUAAGACUAUGUAUGAUAUGUGCCUGAAACAAAGGCUCUGUACAUACCUGCUCCUGAUGGAAGCCAGUGUGUAUGUAUAUAUGUAUAGUGAAUAGUUGUGUUUGAUUUUUCUCUGUGCUGAACUGGGUAACGGAAUGGGCACAAGUCAAUAUUUGGUUAAGAAAUAUCUGCGUUAAUCCAUUUGGCGUCUUGUUCAAACUAAAUUUAAAUGAGUUACUGAAAUAUUUGUCUUUCUUUUUUUUUAUUUUGUAUGAUUAUGUUUUGUUGGUCAGAUUGGAAAAUUGACUCGCUAUAGUUCUGUAGAGAUACAAAAAAACAUAUGGUUAAAGUGUGUCUCUCUUUUUUUUUGCUGAAUUAAGAUUUUAUCCUGGUUGCUUGGUAUCUAUGAGCAUGCUGACUCGUAAGUGCCACAGUACUAUGUACAGUAUGGUUGGAUCUUUGUCAGUUAAUUAAAGACGCUGUCAAAAACUG